AUGGGAGGAAGAAGUUCGAGCUCUAGAAGGUCUUCAUCCUUUGGUUCAUCUUCAUUUGAUGAUCAUGGUUAUCUACAGUCUCCAUACACUCAUCACCACUCGUCUACGCCUCGGCACCACCACCAUGCGUCGCCGAUGUCUAACGGCUACGGGAUGAGGACCCCGCAACCGCAGCGGGGAUUGGAUAGGAAGUUUUCGAGAAUUGCUGAUAACUACACAACUUUGGAUCAGGUUACAGCUGCUCUUGCCCAGGCAGGACUAGAGUCUUCUAAUCUUAUUGUUGGCAUUGAUUUCACAAAGAGCAAUGAGUGGACAGGGUCGAGGUCGUAUAAUCGGAAAAGUUUACAUCAUAUUGGAAAUGGCCAAAAUCCCUACGAACAAGCGAUAUCCAUAAUAGGGAAAACCUUAUCCGCCUUCGAUGAGGAUAACUUAAUUCCAUGCUUUGGAUUCGGAGAUGCCUCAACGCAUGAUCAAGAUGUUUUCAAUUUCUAUUCGGGUGGAAGGGUUUGUGAUGGAUUUGAAGAAGUACUAAGAAGAUACAGGGAAUUAGUUCCCCAACUUCGACUAUCAGGUCCAACAUCAUUUGCACCUAUUAUUGAAAUGGCUACAACAAUUGUUGAGGAAAGCAGAGGCCAGUACCAUGUCUUGCUAAUAAUUGCAGAUGGUCAGGUGACAAGAAGUAGCGAUACUGCACGUGGCCAACUUAGCCGGCAGGAGCAAAAGACUAUUGAUGCUAUUGUCAAAGCUAGUGAUUAUCCCUUGUCAAUUAUAGUUGUCGGGGUUGGAGAUGGUCCUUGGGACAUGAUGAAGGAGUUUGAUGACAACAUUCCUGCACGCGCAUUUGAUAAUUUUCAGUUUGUAAAUUUUACAGAUAUCAUGUCUAAGAAUGUGGAUCCGUCAAGAAAAGAGGCGGAAUUCGCUCUCUCUGCAUUGAUGGAAAUACCUUCUCAAUAUCAAGCCACUCUUGAACUCAACAUAUUGGGUCAUCAGACUGGGAAUGACCCAGGCAGAGUUUCUCUUCCACCGCCUGUUUAUGGCAGAGCUUCUUCGACCAAUCGAUUUAGACCUUACCCGUCGAGCAGUUCCCGACACGUGUCGAAUGAUCCUGCCAAUGACAUAACUGCUUCAAGGGCCUUAUCGUCGAGCACUGUUUAUGACAGUAAGGUUUGUCCCAUUUGUCUCAGUAAUUUAAAGGACAUGGCUUUUGGAUGCGGGCACCAGACCUGUUGUGACUGUGGAAUAGACCUUGAAAUUUGUCCAAUAUGCCGGAGCUCAAUCACAACCAAAAUAAAGCUAUAUUCAUAG